UCUGAGAUUUUGACACUGGCAUUUUUGUAUCUGUGACUUCCGUCAUUCUGUCAAAGUAGGAUUUUAGUUCCUGUUUUUACGUAUGUGACAAUGAAGAAAAACAAAUUGGUAAAAUCCAAAAAAUUACAAUAACAAACGCAAUGGAAAGUUUUACAAACUUUUCAGUGUCUCUAUUCAAAGGCUUCAUUGAUAGUCUUCGAGGAGUCACUGUUCUACUGUACUUAGACAAAGAAAUCAACGAGCGAGCGUUAAGUCGAUCACCUAAUAAGGAAGCUGAAAACAGGCAAAAGAACAUUAAAGUUAAUCAAGAGUCCAAAGUACUUACAAGGGUUUUGCAAUCAUGCGCUCUCAAUGGUGGCAUAUUUUGGUUUAGUAUAUUAAUAUUUGAAUAUGCGUUGUUACCUGGUGUGAAGUACUUAGUUUCGGUGGUGUUUGGCCAUGACCCGGGGGUGGCGCACUCCGUGUGGGGCUGGAUGCAGCCAUUCCUCUCCAUGACCUUCAGAAUGAUAUGGGUGCUCCCCUUGUUCCUACUGAGCAAAUUAGUCAACAGUUUAUGGUUUCAGGAUAUAGCUGAUUCUGCAUAUAGGCACAGAAGAGGUCGGCCACAGUUCAUGUCAAGUGUUAGCAAAAUAAUAGCUGACUCACUAUUCAGCUUGCUGGUUCAGGCACUAUUUUUAAUACAGAGUAUGCUAGUCAGUAUGUUACCUAUAACAUACAUUGGAGAAUUAUUAUGCCUCACGCAUUUAUGUUUAUUGUACUCACUGUACUCUUUUGAGUACAAAUGGUUCAACAUGGGUUGGGAGCUGCAUAAGAGGCUUACAUUUAUAGAGAACAACUGGCCAUAUUUCCUUGGGUUUGGACUGCCUCUAGCUGUGCUGACUCAGAUUCCACAGUCAUACAUUAUAAGUGGUUGUGUAUUUUCAAUACUGUUCCCUCUAUUUAUAUUGAGUGGCAAUGAAGCUACUCCUGUGCUGAGCAGUGACUACCCACUACGGUUGUUCUCUCCGGUGGUGGCCCUCUCUAACGGAAUGUUCCGUGUGGUUCGACAAAGUGCCGAAGCCGUCACACAAAGGAACAGGUGAUCGCGAAGGAAACAUCAUCUACUAUAGUACCUACAUAAAUAAUAUUAUUUAAUAUAUUUUUGAAUCAUUGUCUUUUUAUACACAUCAUUUUUAUGUAUGUUUAGUCAGUAAAUGUAAUGUUGCGUUAGCGGCGGAGCUCAGCUUUUUGACUGAAUUGUUGUUGUUGAUAGUUUCCGACAUUUGGAAUAUAGUCUUUUUAAUAAACAUGAUUUGCAGAUUAUGUAGUCUUUAUGUUAUUGGGAGAAAUAUUUGCUUUCAUACUUGACCAAUUUUAGGCGAAAGGUUUUUAAAUAUCUAAAAGUCUAAAACUGUAAUGGUUCUAAUGCUCGGCUUUUAUCAUAGAAUAACAACUCGUUAUUCUAUGCUUUUAUUAGAAGCUAAUGACUAUUACAUUGAAAAAAAGAAUCUGUUCAAUAUGCAUAAUGUGCUUUGCUCACUUGAUAAAAAGAUUUUGUUUUGCAAAUUUUUGUAGUUAAUACAAAUUUUGUUUCAUGUAGUUUCCACUUCGGUUGGUGUUUUUACAUUAUGAAUAUUAUGAUUUUUAAAUAUGAAUGUAUGUGCUGAUUGUAAAUAUCGUUUUAUACAUGACAAAUAAACGGACUGAUCGAUA